UCAUGUAUAUUAAGUCCAUUAAUGGCGGAUGAGCCGGAACCUAUCCCAGCUGACUUUGGGUGAGAGACUGGGUACACUCUGGACUGGUUGACCACCAAUCGCAGGGCACAUGUAGACCACCAUUCACACUCACAUUUACACCUAUGUGUAAAAAUCGCAACAUAUUCAUUGACUGGAAAACGGUGCGCUUUGGUUAUACAGUAUUAUGUUGCAAAGCCUCAGGGCCUGCGAUGAAUAUUAUUUUAGCAGUAAAAGAAUUAAUUUUUUAAAAACUAAGACUGAAAUGUUAUGUGUUCUUUAAAACUUCUGUACAAAUGUUACAAUUUCUGUUCAUGUGGUGUCUGUUUAAUUUGAAUACAGUGGUAACUGAACACACCAUCAGCCCAACAGCUGUUACAUGUAUCACAGUGACAAUGCAUCAGGAAUCAUUUAUACACCACUUGCAGAUGCAAAGAUUUUUCACUUUAAGGUUAAAAACAAUUUUUUAUAUUCAUGCAGUCCUCGUUCAAAAAGCAUAAUUUCUUCAGCUGUGCAAAACUGUUGCACUGACUUGAAAUUAAUGACAUCAUGGUGAAAGCAUUUGUUGUUUUUUUGCGGGGCUGAGAAGCUGGGCGGAUGUUAUGGACUGUGAGUCACGGAGUUGCACAUUUCCUUUCUGUGCUUCUCCGAAAGAAUACACUGACCUGACUUGGAAAACAAAAUCAUGAAAGAACGAUUGCUACCUGAUGCGGAAAACAGACUGUGAGUCUGUUGAAUGAGGCCGUCAUCAUUUUCAACUAUGGGCGCUAUGCUUCAUGUGUUCGUGAUGACCUGUCUGCUGUCGAUGAUCCUCUCCCAAUCAAUGUAUUCGUCACCCAAGAAAGGACGCAACAUUACUAUCCACUCCUCUAAUCUGGUUUGUAGCCUACCAGGUCCAGUGGGGCCUGCGGGGAAUACAGGAGCCCCUGGGUCACCCGGGGCAAUGGGACCAGUGGGGGUGCCUGGGAAGGAUGGUCCAGAUGGGCAGGAUGGAAAGAAAGGAGAAAAAGGAGAUGGAGGUGAUCACGGGAGGCUCGGAAAUCCAGGCAAACCAGGUUUAAAAGGCAGCGCGGGCCUCAUUGGCAAGGCUGGACCUCGGGGACUAAAGGGCCAGCGGGGGUCACUGGGGUUGGCUGGACAGAGGGGAGAGAAAGGAGAUGAGGGGGACGUGGGUCAGAGAGGAGAACCGGGAGGCUGCGAUUGUGGCACGGCCGCUCGCUCGGCUUUCUCAGUGGCCGUGUCAAAGAGUUACCCCAAGGAACGAACGCCCAUCCGCUUCAGCCGCAUCUUGCUCAACGAGGGCAACCACUACAAUGUAAGCAGUGGGAAGUUUGUGUGCGCCAUCCCCGGAGUCUAUUACUUCACCUAUGACAUCACUGUGGCCAACAAGCAUCUAGCCAUCGGGCUGGUGCACAACGGACAGUACAAGAUUAAGACGUUUGAUGCAAAUACAGGGAACCACGACGUGGCGUCUGGUUCCACUGUCCUCCAUCUGCAGCAUCUAGACCAGGUCUGGUUGCAGAUCUUUUACUCAGAGCAGAAUGGACUCUUCUUUGACCCCUUCUGGACUGACAGCACCUUUACAGGCUUCCUCAUCUAUGCUGAUCAGAAUGAUACAAGAGCUAAUUUACAGGAUGCCACUUGAUAUUUAAAUUCACUGAGUUCUUUUUCGCCAUCCUUUAUUUUUAUCUUUUUUUAACAUCUGCCUAUCCCUGCUUCUGUGAAAUUUCUGUGAAAUUCGAGUCAGUAAUGUCCAAUGUUAUAUAUUGCAUAUUUUUGAUUGGCUUGCGGUUAAUUGACAACUCUAAAUUGCCCGUAGGUGUGAAUGUGAGCGCGAAUGGUUGUUUGUAUGUGCCGUGCGAUUGGCUGGCAACCCCGCCUCCUGCCCGAAGAUAGCUGGGAUGGGCUCCAGCACGCCCCCGUCCCUAGUGAGGAGAAGCGGCUCAGAAAAUGGAUGGAUGGAUGGAUUGAUGAUUGGCUUGCCGCAUAUCAAUUAAAAACCACAAUUUCUAAUGUUCAACAAGUUGAACUUUUCAGCAUAUAACACAAAUAAUUUUUUAAUUUAAAAAAAGGUGAAUGAAAAUUGGCCACACUUUUUUUUUUAUUUAAAUGUACAAAACAUUUUUUUAAAGUUGAAUUUUACAAGAUAAUACUUUUGUUUUAAUUAUAACAAAAUAUUUUGAGGAAAAUGUUGUCAGGUUACUUUUUACUUAAACUUGCGUAACCUUUUUUUUUUUUUUUUUUUUUAAAGUUGAUUAACCUACAAGCUACUGGUUAUUUUCUGUAAAAAAAAAACAGAAAAAAGUUGGUUACUAAUACUAGGUUUUUGCUUUGAUAUUGACUAAUUUUUCCUUUUUUCUUUCCUUUUUUAAAGUAUUGUUUUUACCCAAACACUAUCGAUAAAUUCAACUGCAGCAUGUUUACCUCUAGUAUACAGUACUGAAAUGGUUUUAGCAUGUGACACAAACACAAGAGGAUUUGACUCUUUUCGCCCUCAGUGGAAAAACGUUUGGACAUCCCUGACACCAGAUGGCGCUAAAAACAAACAUCACUAAACCCCAUUUGUAAACAAUGAAUAAAAGUGAGUUAAGAAUUUUA